CAAUUGAGCAGAAGAUGUGAGGACAGCAUUUGGAGUGGUAGAUGAAUGGGCCAUUCGAAGAUUAAUUCCAUUGGCAGUCGGUAUAGUGGUGAUUCGGAACAAUCGCUUCCAGAUCUCAGUCUAUCAACUUUGACAAAACGGCUUCAGUCUGGUGGCUUCAUAGCCAUGAGUCCUCGAUUGACAUUCGAGAUCAUGACCCCACUUGUCAAGCAGCUCGAUUGUUUAAAGCUGACGUGUGUCCCUCUUAAGGGACUCUCCCGUGUUCACUUCUCACCCCGAGUCCCAUUAUCUUUCGCAAGAACUUUCCAAUCGACAACCUCGUCCAACAUGCGCAUUCCAUACGCACCUACCGAGCCAGCAGCCGAUGCAUCGGAGACGACCAAAGCAGUCUAUGAACGCAUCACCGAACGUAGAAAGCCCCGUCCCCUUCUGCCAUUGGAUCUGGCACUGCUGCACAACACCGCCAUUGCCGAUGGAUGGAACAGCCUGCUUGGUGCAGUGCGAUCAAAGACCUCCCUCAACCCUGGCCUGAUGGAAAUGGCCGUGUGCCGAAUCGCAGUACUCAACAAGGCCACAUUCGAGUGGAUUUCGCAUGCUCCGCUCGCACUCAAAGGAGGACUACCGCGGGCUUCGCUGAACCUUGUUCGUACUGCCGAGAUCUAUCCACCUGGUGGCAGAUCAAAGACCAAGGAAGAGCAAGAGACAUUCAGUGACCAGGAGUGGGCAGUGCUAUGCUAUGCAGACCAAGUCACCAAGAAUGUAGAGGUGGACGAUGAGGUCUUUGACGCACUGAGGAAGUUCUUGGACAACACCGGUAUCAUGGAGAUGACAGCGGCGGUGGCAACGUACAACAUGGUCAGCAGAUUCCUCGUGGCCAUGAAUGUGUCAGAGAAGAAUGGAGACGAGAUCGUGAUGCCUGAAGAAUAGAUUCUUUUCCUACCGUGCUAGAGAACGAAAUCAAUCACCCUCUGUCGGUCUAACAUACUCGUGGCAGAGAUGCAAAAGCCGUGACAAUCCACAGUGAUCUUCAGUAUCUACAAUCGUCUGUGGUUGACAGGACACGGCAUUCGAUAGGCUAUGACGAGGGUAAACAAGAGCACAAAUAAUUUAUGCACAAGCACAAAAC